ACGGCAUGUGGGUCGGUAGAACGCUAACGAUAUGCAAGGCUCUUGGUACCUGACUUUACUCUUUCAAGAAGAGUUUGCGAACAGCACUUUUGGAGCAAUUGGCCAACGAGCAGGAUUGUGCGAGGCUACAUGUGUUGAGCUGCUCGUCAGCUCCCUUAUCAUCCAACAACUCAUCGUGACAUCAGCUUCGCAUAUUCCACCAUGUCCGUUAUCACCUAUGCCCUUGUUGAUUUUCUAUUGCUGUUCUUGAAAAGCAAAGUCACGUUGGCGAAGGAGUAUACAGUACAUGUCCUUGAUUGGGCCCCCUGUCGCCUCACUUGGUAUAAUUACACCUCACGGAAGCUUAUGCGGCGGCGUCGCUGGGCGGAGAGCCGAUCAUACAGGCACACGCCUUUCCGUACCGAUGUCGCACACUGGCUAAACCUCACUCGACCUGGUGAACCCCUGUGGACGUGCGUUUCCAACAAGACCCGCACACCGACAUUCUCGCGCGAUAGCAAAAGACUCACUCGAUACCCGGGAUGCCACCCGUAGGCGUUCAGCCAGCCAUACUUUCCGG